AUGGGCAGCAUAUCCGAACCAAAAGUCUCCCUAAACAAGCGCCUCAUCGUCUGCUGCGAUGGAACAUGGGAAGAUGGCAAUAGCGAAGAAAUCAACAACCCGCUCAGCAACAUAACCCGCAUCGCACGCGCCAUCAAGCCGCACGCCGAGAUUAUUGUCAAUGGCGUCCGAACCAUUAUCCCGCAAAUCACGUAUUACCAAAAGGGUGUCGGGACGGGUGUUCUGGAUCAGUACCUCGGCGGAUUGACUGGCGUCGGUCUAAGCGCCAACGUCCGCGCUGCCUACGCCUUUUUGGCGGAAAACUACGAACCAGGCGACGAGCUCUUCUUCUUCGGCUUCUCGCGUGGCGCCUAUACCGCGCGCGCCAUAGCCGGUCUGGUCGCUGACAUGGGUCUAUUGACUCCCCGCGGCAUGGACAAUUUCCCCAUCAUCUACAACGAUUACUACAAGCUCAAAAAACUGAGUUAUGACGACGAAUCGCGGCGUCAGCUCGGUUUCCGUGACCAUUUACCCCGAUUCACAAUCCGCAUGAUUGGCGUGUUUGAUACAGUGGGGUUCCACGAUUUCAAAUUUACGUCGAAGUUGUUUGGGGAGAAAUUUGAGUUGCCCAAUACAAUCCUUUCGCCGGAUGUGAGGUAUGCGUUUCAUGCGUUGUCGUUGGAUGAGCGACGCAAAGCGUUUACGCCGACGUUGUGGCAUACGCCGGAAAAAGUGGAGGAGCAGGAGUUGUUGCAGGUAUGGUUUUCGGGUGCGCAUGCGGAUGUCGGUGGUGGAGAGGAGGAUCCUCGACUGUCGGAUAUAUCGCUUGCGUGGAUGAUUUCGCAUGCGAGUAAGGAUAAGCAACUGGAGUUCGAUUUGGAGUAUUUGUUUCAUAACCCGGCGCGGCAGCUGGAAGAGGCGGCUAUAAUACCAUGGGCAACGAGUUUGGGACAGGAGGAGGUAUGGUCUUUUGCGGUGUAUAUGGAGGCGUUUGUGUUUGGAAAGUGUAAUCGGACGCCGUUGGAUUAUUUGGAUGGGAAUGAUCGUGUGGGUUACACGAAUGAAUGGAUUCAUGAAUCGGUGCGGGAUCGACAGCUCAAUAAAGUUCUCGAGAUGGCGACGACCGGCCAAAAGGCAAAGGUAUGGCCGAGCAAGGUUGUUGUGCGCAGCGUGGAAGGGAAAGAUGGCUCGAGACAGUGGUUACUCAAGACUGGCAAGAUUAUCAAAGAGGUCGAGGCGACAGGGGCGGAGUUGUUCCUCAAGGGCCGGAUUAGGAAGGUUAGGGCUAUUCAGAUUGAUCCUGCUUGA